CCGCUCCGGUCCUCCGGUCCAGAUCUCUUUGUUGUGGGUCCGGCUGCCGCAGCUGCUCCUGGCGCGGUGCUCACCUCGUCUCUCUCCCUCUCUCUCCCCCCUCCCUCUCGCUCUCUCUCUCUCUGUCUACACACUGACGGCGGCAGCCACGGCGUGGGGAUUCACGUCCGCUCCUCGAGCAGCUCCACAGCCAGGUCCGGGGAAGGGGAGCGCAGACUACAGACGGAGGUCUAACAGCGGUACAGUCGGGGCGGUAGAAAACAACAACAAUAACAACAACAUAAAUACGCGAGUCACACGGAAAGCCAGCGGAGGAGGAGGAGGAUGGCGCUGCUGCGUUUUGUCUCGUCGCGUGGAGGAACAGCGACAUCAGGUCAGCGGCUCCUCGGAUGAAACCUCGGCUCGUCCGCGUGUCACCACCGAUUCAUCACCGUUCAUCUACCGAAGUGCACCGCCGUCCACCGCUCCGGGUCGGAUCUGACAUCUCUCCGCCGUUCGCACCGUGAAUCGGUUCCGUACCUCGUCGGACCCCCCCCCCCCGCCUCCAGCAGCAGCACACAGGACGCUGCAACCGGGCGACGACAGCCAGGCCAGACCCCCGAAUCUCUGCAGCAUGGCCAGCGUGGGUCCGGGAGGCGUGUCCGGGUGGCCCGGGCGGCUGGUGUGGUACUACCUGGCCGUCUCCUGCAUCGGCUCCCUGGGCUUCUGGUCGCCGGGGACGCUUGCCUCGUACCCCCAGAGUGGAGAGUGUAAAGGGAAGGGGAAAGACUGCACAGACCUGUCGGAGAAGAAGAGUGACCUGAGAGUGUGCGACGACGCCUCCUGCAGGUACGGAGGGGUCUGCCGCGACGACGGCGCCCAGCUCAAGUGUGUCUGCCAGUUUCAGUGCCAUAAGAACUACGUGCCGGUGUGCGGCGCCAAUGGAGACACGUACCAGAACGAGUGCUACCGGCGGCAGGCCUCCUGCAAGCAGCAGCGGCUCAUCGCCCGCGCCGCCGACGGGCCCUGCUCCACGGAUCCUGGUUCCGGUUCUGGUGACAGUGAUGACUACGAGGGCUCCAGCGUGGACGGAGGGAAGAAGUUCACCAAGUGCGGGACGUGUAAAUACGGCGCCGAGUGCGACGUUGACUCCGAGGACGUCUGGUGUAUAUGUAACAUCGACUGCAGCGGCCACAACGAGAACCCAGUGUGCGCAACGGACGGGAACUCGUACAACAAUCCGUGUCUGGUGCGCGAGGCGUCCUGCAUGAAGCAGGAGCAGAUUGACGUCAAGUACCUGGGGAGAUGUCCAGCCGAUAAAGAGAAGCUGGGGAAGAAGGAUGGUGGGGGUCAGUUUCAUCCAGACCUUUUAGAGACCAAAGGUCUGGACCACGGCGAGGGCUUCUACGCCGGGAUGCCCAUCCCGUGUGCUGAGAGCUACGCCGGCUUCUGCGUCCACGGGAAGUGUGAGCUGAAGUACAGCACGCCCCACUGCAGGUGUGACGCUGGUUACCAGGGCUCCCAGUGCGACCAGCCCCAGGACUUCAACAUCCUGUACGUGGUCCCCAGCGGCCAGAAGCUGCACUACGUCCUAAUCGCCGCCAUAAUCGGGGCUGUGCAGAUUGCCAUCAUCGUUGCCGUGGUGAUGUGCAUCACUAGGAAAUGCCCGAAAAACAACAGAGGUCGUCGACAAAAACAAAACGUGGGACAUUUUCCUUCCGACACAAACUCCAGGAUGGUAUAGCCGUGUCUUUUGAUACCCGCAUUUUUCUUAUGGCCUGAAGACACCGUUUUUUAACGUCUAAAAAUGGGCUGUUUCGGGAAAACACAGAAAUAAGGGAGGUGAAUAUUAUUUUCCGGGGGCCUUAUUUUUCUCCCUUUGUAUUCGACGUGUGGCGGUUGGGCUCGUGUCGAGGCACUACGAAACAAACCAAGGUCUUCAGCCAUGACCGCAGACUGAGAUGGAGGACCUGUUGUCACGAAACCAUCUCAUCUCAUCUCACUUUAUUCUAAAUCAUCCUCUGUUUGGUUCCUGUGAAUGAGGUAUGAAUACGGUACCUUUAGCUAACUGUGUGUUUGGCUAACGUAGAGCGAAGCACAAAGUAAGACGUCAGCCCCUGGGAAUGUAUUAUUUAGUGAACAUGAGUAUGCCUCUGCUUGCUCCUCUACCGUUUGACCGAUAACGUGCAGCUGAUCACCAAAUGCAUUUUCUUUUGUUUUAUUUUGAUUUGAGUUCUCCGUUCGCGGGGUUGAGAGCCAUUGAGUCAAACGAUGAGGUUUGAUGUUUACACUUUAUUUUUUGAGAUGAAAUUCCAUAUAAAGAAUUCACUGUGUUCCAACAAGCUAAUAUUUCCUUACGUUAAUAUCAUUUUCUUGUAAAUUAGUUCUUGAAUUUAUUUUUUACGUUGACGUUAAAUAUGAAGAGGAUGCUUCAGAGAUGGAGGUUACGUUUUUUUUUAUGUUGACGUUAAAUAUGAAGAGGAUGCUCAUUUAUUUUGUUGAAACCUAGUUCCUGUAUAAUCGCAUGACUUGUGAAGAUUUGUGUACCGUGGUGUGGUUUUAAACUUUUUAAAAAAGACACGCCGAAAGGCGUCAGGACCUUUUACGUUGUCGGCAUGGAAACCACGUUGGGAACGAUGUUGGAAUGCCGGAAAACGAGGGAUGGGGGUCGGGGUUUGUCGAUGUGUCAGAAUAAUGGAAUGUGUAAUGUUUCUACGUCGGUCUGGAUACCUUCAGAGAUGGAGGUUGGUUCUCUGAUGAGGGAUGGAUGGUGUGUAAUGAACUCGACUGAUUGUAAUGCUUCAAGGCAUGUUUUUAUCUCAGUGUUAACUGAGUUUAGAAGAUUGUACAGAAAGGGAUGUUCACGUUCUUUUCAUUUCUAAUAAGGAUAUGAGGGGAGGGGGCUAAUGGUUGAGGGUGGGGUUAGAGUUUAGGGGUUGAGUUAGGGCCCCAAUGGUUGGAAAGGUAAAGGGAGUUAAAUACCGAUGUGAGGCUUUUGUGAGAGCUGUUUUUUGUUUGUUUUUUGCGUUUUGUUCUGUGUUUUUGUCUCAGAUCUCUUUACUACUCCUGCGAGACAUUCCGAGUACAGUUUUCCCAGAUACUAGCUAGCCAGCUAGCUAGUCAUGCUAAUGCUCUCUUAUGAAGCUGGGUUGUAAGAUAAAAACUGAAUUUCAUAUCUGCGACGUCUGCACCACCAUGGUUUUGCAGAGUCCAUCACACGGUACAGUGUUACGAUGACGGCCUGAUCAAUGGGGUCAUUGAGUCACUUCAUUUAUAACGUCCAUUCCUGUCUCUGGAGCAGUGGGCAGGGGAAGCUAAUCAGCUAACGGCUGCUGAGGUGUCUAAAAUAUGACUGUGUGUGACCCCAUGGCACUGUGCUUCUGGGGGAUUUACGUUUAAAGGUCUUAAAACCGUCUGCCUAUUAUUUAUGUCUUUAUCAGACACAUGACGUGGAGGGGUGUUUACAGGAAGUCUGAGGAACUCUCAGGUCCUCGCGAGACACCUCAGCCGGUUACAAACCCCCACACACACAUGGAGAAACACGCACACAAACACAUACACAGACAAACACAUACAUAUACACACAGACACAAACACACACAAACACAUAGACGUACACACACAUACAAAAAAAACAUACACACACAAUACACUCGCACACAAACAACCGUCUACUUGUUGUCCGUCAUGGUUGCCGUGGUUACAUGUGACUAGAAUGUGUUGUUACUCUGCAUGUAGAACUCUUAGACACCGUUUCGUUCAACACAUCAAUAAAAAACGACCUGUUUUUUAAUGUACCUCA